AUGCAGGCUGGAAAGUCGUGGAUCCAGAAUACCUUUCAUAAGAGGGAGUGUGUGAAGUUCAUACCAGCGUCGCGGGAUCACCACAGAUGUUCUCCUGUUUGCCACGUUUGCCAGAACCUGGUCAGGUGCUGCUGUGGGAGGCUGAUCGGCGAGCAUGCAGACCUGGACUUCAGUUCUUGGCCUCCACCGUCAGAUGAUGAGGAGGUGUGGCACGUCUCCCGGCACACGAGAACCAGUCCCACCGACGCCUUCGGAUCCAUCGACUUCCAGGGCAGCACCAAACGUUCUUGCCGCGCCAAGUAUGUUCGCCUGUCCAGCAACGCCAAACCCGAGCAGCUUCUUCAUCUGAUGCUCCGAGAGUGGAACAUGGUCCCGCCCAAGCUGGUGAUCUCGGUGCACGGAGGAACAGAGAACUUCCCUCUACCCCUGCGAGCGGGCCAGGCCUUCAGCAAGGGCCUCAUCAGGGCCGCCGAGACCUCCGGCGCCUGGAUCUUCACCGACGGCUUUAACACCGGCGUGUCUAUGUACGUCGGAGACGCCGUCAAGGCUUACGGGACGCACGAGCGCAGGAAGAGAUACGUCAUCGGGAUCACGCCGUGGGGCCUCAUCGAGAACCACAGCGACCUCAUCGGGCGAGACGUCCUCCGGCACUACCAGACGCUGGGGAGUCCGCUGAGCAAGCGCUCCAGCCUGAACGGCCUGCACUCGCACUUCAUCCUGGUGGACGACGGAACUCUGGGUAAAUCGGGAGGCCAGCAGGAGCUGAGGAGGACGCUGGAGAGGCACAUCCACCGCCAGAGGAUCCACCCCAGACUGGGCCAGAGAGUCCCCAUGGUGUGUGUGGUGGUGGAGGGGGGUCCUGCGGUCCUCUCCACGGUGCAGGAGUACGUCAGCAGGUCCCCUCCGGUCCCCGUGAUCGUAUUCGAGGGCACCGGCCGGGCAGCGGACCUGCUGUCUCUCAUCCACAAGCAGACCGCCGUGGACAGGAAGCUGGACGCGCACAUCAAGGAGGAUUUCCUGCAGCGUAUCGAGAGCGUGCUGGGCGUGGCCAGGGCGGAGGCGUUUCAGCUGUUCGACCUGCUGGCACGUUGCAUGGAGCACAGAGAGGCGAUCAGCAUUUUCGACUCUGACUCGGAGGACCAUGUGGACGCCGAUGUAGCCAUAUUAAAAGCAUCCUUAAAAGGCUCGCCGUCGGAGCAGUUGAGCGUGACGUUGGCGUGGGACCGAGCCGACAUCGCUCAGGAUCACGUGCUGGUGUACGGCCAGCACUGGAAGGUAGGAGCCCUGGAGGACGCCAUGCUGAACGCUCUCCUGAUGGACCGCGUCAGCUUCGUGAAGCUGCUCAUCGAGAACGGCGUGAUCAUGAAGCGCUUCCUGACGGUGUCUCGCCUGGAAGAGCUCUACAACACACAGCAGGGAUCCUCGGAUCAUUUCUUGUGUCACAUCAUUGAGGACACCAAACAGUCUCGUCUUCCCGAAGGCUACAAGAUCUCUCUGAUCGAUAUCGGCAUGGUGAUUGAAUACCUGAUCGGAGGGGCCUAUCGAAGCACGUACAUGCGCAAGAAUUUCCGAACCGUCUACAACCGUAUCAAUACCGCACUGAAGGAAGGCAGUCGGGAGGAUCCGGCGUCCUCGACCAGGUCCAGGAGGUCGAACCCGGACGCGGCGGAGUCAAAUCAACCUCAGUCUCACUUCUUCAGGACUGCCGAGCCCUACAGACGCAGGGAGAAGUCGUCGUCCUCGCAGCGCAGCGCCGAGCCACCAGCAGCAGCAGCGGCGGAGCUGAGCGGCUCGUCCUUGUUCGUUUACAGCUUCAACGACCUGUUCGUGUGGGCGGUGCUGAAGCGCCGCCAGCAGAUGGCGCUCUUCCUGUGGCAGCACGGCGAGCAGGCCAUGGCCAGGGCCGUGGUGGCAUGCAGGCUCUACCGCGGCAUGGCCAGCGAAGCCAAGCAGAGCAACGUGGCGGACAGCGUCGCCGACGAGCUCAAGAAGUACUCGCUAGAGUUCGGUCAGCUGGCGGUGGAUCUUCUUGACAAGGCCUUCAAGGAAAACGAGCGCAUGGCCAUGAAGCUUCUGACUUCGGAGAUGGGCGACUGGAGCAACUUCACCUGCCUGCAGAUGGCGGUGGCCUCGGGCCUCAGGCCCUUCGUGGCCCACUCGUGCACCCAGAUGCUCCUCACUGACCUGUGGAUGGGCCGUCUGAACAUGAGGAAGAACUCCUGGCUCAAGAUCAUCGUGAGCAUCCUGCUGCCUGUCGCCAUCCAGCUGCUGGAGUUCAAGAGCGAGGCCGAGAUGUCUCACGUCCCUCAGACGCAGGAGGCCCUGCACUUCGGGAGGGACCCCGGGAGCCCAGGAGCUUUCGAAGCUUCGGGAGCGGUUCAAGCAGAUCAGAUUGAUGCUGAGAGAGGAACCACCAGCGUGGGGCGCCGGUCGGACCCGGUUGCUUGGUGGUUACCAUGGACCAGGAAGCUCUACGACUUCUACAGUGCACCGGUGGUCAAAUUCUGGUUCCACACGUUGUCGUACCUGACGUUCCUGGCGCUCUUCUCCUACACGGUCCUGGUGCGGAUGGAGGCGCGGCCCAGCGUUCCCGAGUGGCUGGUCAUCACGUACAUACUGUCUACAGCUGUAGAGAAAACCAGAGAGGUCUUGGUGUCGGAGCCGAGACGCUUCAGUAAAAAGCUGAAGGUCUGGUUCAGUGAGUAUUGGAACAUCAACGACUUUGUGGCCAUCCUGCUCUUCUUCACGGGCAUGGGGCUGCGCUGGUACACGGGCACGGUCCACACUGCUGGGCGCCUCAUCUACUGCCUGGACAUCAUCUUCUGGUUCGUACGCCUGCUGGACCUGCUGGCUAUCAACCAGCAAGCUGGACCCUACCUGACCAUGAUCGCCAACAUGAUGAAGAACAUGUUCUACAUUGUGGUGAUCAUGGGAAUCGUCCUGGUGAGUUUCGGCACCCCCAGGUGGUCCAUCCUGAAGCCCAACGAGGAGCCGUCCUGGGAGCUGCUGAAGCAAGUUCUCUUCCAGCCGUACUUCAUGAUGUUCGGCGAGGUGUAUGCUGGCGAGAUCGAUCCUUGUGAAGAAGAUCCAGACUGCCCUCCUGGUUCUUUCCUCAACCCGCCUCUGCAGGCUGUUUACCUCUUCAUGCAGUACAUCAUCAUGGUCAACCUCCUCAUCGCCUUCUACAACAACGUCUACAUCCACAUGAAGACCAUCUCCAACAAGCUGUGGAUGUACAACCGCUACCGCUUCAUCAUGACCUACCACAAGAAGCCCUGGCUGCCUCCGCCGCUGAUCCUUCUGAGUCACGUGACCUUGUGCGUGAGCACGGCGUGGCACAAGCAUAAAGGGGCGUCCCGACCGGCUCGCGACUCCUGCCUCAAGCUGUUCCUGGCUGCGGAUGAUCUGAAGGAGCUGCACGAGUUUGAGGAGCGAUGUGUGGCCGGCUAUUUCCGGGACAAACACCAGAGUCAAAACAGCAGCCAGAUUAAUCGGAUCCGGCACGCUGCCGACAAGGCGGAGGAGAUGAUGGGCACGUUGUCCGAGGUGUCCGAGAAGGUCCAGUUCAUCCAGGAGAGCCUGCAGAGACUGGACUCGCAGCUCGGCCAGCUGCAGGACCUUUCUGCCCUCGCCGUGGACACCCUCAACCUGCUCUCGGCCUCCGACAACCGGCAGCAGGAGGCCGAGCUCCUCCGGCCCAUCGGCAGCCGCUAUCAGCAGCUGUCGCACAGCUGGAGCCUCCGGGUAGGCGGGACGGCUACUCCCAGCCACGCCCCUCCGUCCCCGAAGGCCUACCGGAGCACUCCGCCGUCCCUGCUGCGCCUGGCGACCGGCAAGGCCCGCGCCUCCGCCGAGUGGCCGCCGGGAAGCGCGGGCGAGGUCUGCGACAGCCGACUCAAAUGGGUGCUGGGAAAUUUGGACACGGAGCCCGGCGUGCCGAGGCGGAGACUGGGCGGAGACUCGUCCGUGGGGCUCCGGUUCUCACACGGGUCCUUGCCCCAGUUGUGGCCGGAUCUGCCCGGGUCCCCUGUCCCGUCCUGCGGCAGCUCCGUCACCACGGUCUGGGCUCACGAGCCGCAGCGCCUGCCCAGCCCGGAGGAAUCCAUGGAGGAGGAAGAGGAGGAGGAAGACGACGUGUUUUCCGACGACAAGGGCGUGGUGAACCCUGCUUUCUGCGGCGACAGCGGACUAGCCACGCCCAAACGCGGGCGCUUUGCCCGGAAGUGGUCGUUCGCCAUAGAGAGAGAGCUGCAGCAUUGUCGCUCGCUCUCUGCCAGCGUGGAGGCCAUGGCCUCACCCAGAUCAAAGCGCAGCUCCUCUGGAGGUGACACGUCGCCCCCUGCAGGGCUGGAGCAGAAAGUAUCCAGAACUCUAGCCAGGAAGCGCUCGUUCGGCAGGAAGUGCGUCAAAAUCAAGGAAGGAGAAACGACCGAUAUGGUCAGACGGCUGGACCGGAGCGUUCACAUCCGCGACUCCUUCAGGAGGAGCAAGCGGAAAUGGAAGGGAAUGUCGGGACGCAAAGUCCGAUCGUCCGUCAGUCUCAGUCAGCUGAAUUCCGAUCAUGUGGAUUUCCUACAGAAGUCGCUCACGUUGGGUCAGGCCACAAGAAGCCCCAGCCAAUCGGCCUUGAGCAGCUGGGCACGCUCAGUCAGCAGGCGGUCCUCGGUGCAGAGUUGGGUAGCUGGUGAAGCUCGGGGUCCCGUGUUCCAGACCAGCGAGGACUUGGACCCUCAUUACUCAGCCAUGGAGAGGAACAACCUGAUGAGACUAGCACAUACGAUACCGUUCACUCCCGUCUCCCUGCUGGGAGGAGAGGAGGUGUGUAUCUACACCCUGGAGGAGUCUGACCUGGACUCUGCGCUCUCCAGCGCCUCCUGGUGGAGUCAGAGGGGCCGAGCGGCUGUGCUUCAGCCCGUCUCCGAGCAGGAGGGGAUGCUGGGCGGAGGGCUGAGGCGCGCGCAGAGGGUGCUGUGCACCUGGGCCGAGGGCGACGUGCUCAAACCGGGCUGCGUGUACGUGGUCAAGGCCUUCAGGGACGAGGUGGUGCGGAACUGGACCUCCGAAUUCCCCAACAACACCGCCCUGCACCUCUGCUUAAGGGAGAUCCAGCAGCAGAGAGCGGCUCAGAAACUCAUGCAGAUCUUCAACCAGGUGAAACCCAGCAGCGUUCCUUCUUAUUCUCUCAGGUUCCUGGACGUGUCUCUGCUGUGGUGGCAGGCUGAAGGCCGGUGGCUGACCGUCGAGAGGAACAUGAGCGGAGAAUUCAUGAAAUACAACAAUAACACGGGAGAGGAAAUCACGCCCUCCGGUGGACUGGAGGAGACGGUGCUGGCCUUCUCACACUGGACUCACGAGUACACUGCAGGAGAGCUGCUCGUCCUCGACCUGCAAGGAGUCGGGGCGGAGCUGACGGACCCGUCCGUGAUCCGAGCCGACGAGAAAAGCUCGUCUGGAGAUCUGGUGUUCGGACCGGCCAAUCUGGGCGAGGACGCCAUCCAGAGCUUCGUUCUCAAACACACCUGCAACUCGUGCUGUGAGAAACUGGGCCUCUCCGACUUGAGGAAGAGCAGCGAUGUUCACAAGUCGGGUUUCGCCUCCAAGGAGCACAUCAGCGCCUUCUGACCUUCCCUACUGGUAUCGGCAAAGCCUCUGUUGCCAAAAAUAUGUGGACACCUUCCUGAUUGAGACACUUUAGAUUCCAGGGGCUCUGUUACGGACCUGUUUCUACAGAACCUGGUGUAAAGCGCCCUCAUGUGGUCAUCAGGUGAGCUGGAAACAUUAAGCACUGAAGCAAAAAGGGAAUCUGGUUCAGAUGGGGGCGCUCGGCUCUGCCCACCACCUUCGAGAUCCGGGUUCGAGUCGCAGCGGUGCAGUCGGCCCUCUGUCCGAUGGGAGGGGGGAUCCUGUUUCCUAGUGGAUCCGGACACACUGAGACCCUGACCAGGAUUAAGCAGUGACUUAGAUGGUAUAUAAAUGUAAUUAAAAUGAGUGUGAUUAGUGACCAUGUGUCUCACACUCUUACUUUUCAUUUUUAUUCUUGCUUUACUGCAGUUAUUUAGUUUUAUUAAAAUUAUUUGAAUGUUUUUAUUUUAUUGUUUAAAAGCAAAUCACGUAAGAAAAAAAAAUCUAAGCAGUUUUUGUCUCCAUAUUUUUUAUAUUAUAAUACAGUUUAAUAUUUAAUAUUCUAAUCAUUUCCAAAG